CAUUUUUAUCUCCAUGACAACAACAUGACUUGAUUAUGGGAAGUUCUUCUUCCAAGUUCCGUAAGCAUCUGAGUAAUGGAGACGAGUAUGCUGCUCUCAACCAGUAUAACAACAGUAGUGAGCUCCGUAAAGCUCUGGAUCCUAACUCUUCCUACGGAGACUCACACAAUCAUGAGACACCACUACAUUAUGCCUCAAAGUUUGCCAUGAAAAGCUUGUUACGGAUUUUCUUGUCGGAACACAAUGGAAAUCCUAACAAAACCAAUGGUAUGAAACAGACUUGUCUACACUGUGUGUGUAUGGAGAAGGCAGAACACUCACUGGUAUAUCCUGUCAUGAAGAAAAGAUCAGAAUGUCUGGCCAUGCUGCUGAAAUGGCGUGGGGCCAGACUGGAGGAUAAUGAGACGGAAAGAGUCAACUUAGGGGCUCAGGAUGAGGAACAGAACACAGCUUUACACUAUGCUGCCCUGUCUGGACUAAAACAAUGUGUAGAGAUGAUGGUUCAGCAUGGAGCACCAUUAUUUCAGGAGAACUGUGACAAUCAGACACCAUGUGACAGUGCAGAAAAAGGGGGACAUGCUGAUAUUGCCUUGUACCUAGAAUCCAAGAUGGUCUUCUCUGCAGACGGACCAGAAUUAGAUGAUGAAGACAUGUAUAUAAUGCCAGACUCUGAG